AUCAGCUGAUGUGAAAUGACAGCUUAAAGAAAAGUAUACUAUUGACAUUGCACAUAAACUCAAGUUCUCUCUCUUUUUUUUUUAAUAAUAGUAAAAAGUCUUUUUUUUUGUUCCACAAAAUGGGUUUACUAACUCAAAAGCAAAUAAAAUGAUAUUCGCUAAAGGAAUAACUUAACUAAUAAUCAAAAUUAAGCACCAAAAUCUCCAGACACAAAUCAAACUGGAAAACUUAGUACAUAUAAUAUAUCAUAAAAUUAAUCUUUCCUAGAAUCCAGCUUAACACAAGAAGAAGUGAAACGAAUUAAAAUCAACAAAAAAAAAAAAAAAAAAGAAAUGGGAUCGGAGCAAAGUGCCCAGGCAGGUGGUGCUCAGGGAGCAGAAGGAACAAGAGCAAGAAUAGCUCAACUUCGACGGGGUAAAAGUGUUCCAAAUAGGGAAACAGUUCCCGAGGAUACACCACCAAGAUGUACAAGUCCCGGUCCUAGUAUUUGUUCGGAUUCUGAUUUGCCUUACAUAUCAUACACAGUGAACAGACCAAUAGGCGAUUCACCAAAGAUGACCAACAAGCAAGCACAACUUUCUCGUGGAAAAAGUGUCGGUCAAGAAGUAACAAGACGAAAAUCAAAUGUAACUAGUGGCAUAGGACACAGAAAAGUGCAUAAUAUUGUUGUCGUUAAACCGGCAAUAUCUGAUCCAACAGCCGAUAAGGAUCCAGAUUUGGUGAAACUUUUAAAAAUACCCAUGUUUCUACCAAUUAUGAGAGGUACACUUAAUUUACCACCGGGAGUUCGUGAUCCAGAAGUAUUGGAAAGAUUAGAUCCAAUUGGACUGUUUAAUUUAUGUGCAAGAUAUCAACAUCAUUUAAAUAAUAGUGCUCAAUAUGUUGCAAGUGAACAACUUGCAUUGUGCACAAGUGUUGAUGGAGAAGUGACGCGACUUUUGGGAAUUGCAACUGAGAGACAAAAGAAAUUUGCAAAAUUCGCUGAACAAUUGGGAAAAAUUCAUGAGCUCAGUAGACAACUCACAAAGUGCCAUAUGCAACUUAAUCAGACGCUUGAGAGUUUAGAGACGUUAAAUAAUUUGCUACCAAUUGAAGAGAGGCUGGAACCUUUCGUCUGGACAACAGGAUAAAAGUUCAUUUUUAUAGUGUUUCAUAUUUUUCUUUUAAUUUCAAAACACUAAAUUCCUCAAGACUGUUUCUAUUUAAUGUAAAAUAUUAGUCUUAUUAAAAUGUUUAUUUAAAUUAUUUUGCAAAAUAGUAACUUUCAAUAUAAAAGAUAUUAAAAGGUACAAACAUUAAUUUUAUUCAUUAUUUCUAGUUUAUUUUUAAAUUAUUGUAAAAUAAAAAUAAAUCAUUGUUUGAAAA